AUAUGAAGAUUAGAAACGGCGCUCCUCGGCUUGGAUACCGAUAGUGUGGUAACGGGUUAUCGUCGGCACGCCAACACGGCCAAUCCAGAGAUCGGAAAGCUACCGUAUUCUUCAGCCUCCUUCCCCUUCUCUUUUUCACCAUCCUCCUCCUCCCCUUCCUCUUUUUCCUCCUCACUGCACACCUUCCCUCCUUGACGCCCCCUCCUCUCCCCCUUCUCACCUUUCUGACGGGCUUGCCAAGACGAUGUUAUUUUUUGCUCGCCAUACCACCCGAGCUGCACUUCCCCGCACACUUUCCCGCCGCACUGCUGCUAUCCGAGUAGCUUCGACACCGCUUCUCCGCAAUCAAUUGAACCCCGUAUUGAAGAUCAGGCAAUUCUCUGUUAUGAGUUCGAGUAUGAUGUCUGCCCCUGCUUCGAUUGUGAAGCAGAAUGUUCGCCCAGAGCCUGACCAGGUUCUCCAGGACAUUGCCGAUUACGUCCACAACUAUGAGAUCACUUCCCGACUUGCUGUAUGUGUGUUUGCUCCCUCAGUUAGCUCACAGAGACUGACAAUUUUUAGUGGGAGACCGCUCGAUUGUGUUUGAUUGAUACCCUGGGAUGCGGAUUGGAGGCAUUGAACUUCGAGCAGUGCACAAACUUGCUGGGUCCUGUUGUGGAAGGUUUGAUGGUCCCACAGCGGGUGUUUCCUUUUUCUUUUCCUCAGGCUCUAAUUGUUGCAGGGACCACUGUACCGAAUGGAACCCGUGUUCCCGGCACCCCUUACCAACUCGACCCCAUCCGCGGAGCGUUUAACAUUGGUACCGCGAUCCGUUGGUUGGACUAUAACGACUGCUGGCUGGCCGCAGAAUGGGGCCAUCCUUCAGAUAACCUUGGCGGUAUUCUCGCGGUUGCGGAUUGGCUUGCGAGAACAAACAAAGCAAAAGGGCUGUCGGCACCCAAGGUUAAGGAUGUCUUGGAGGCUAUGGUCAAGGCUCACGAAAUCCAGGGGUGCCUUGCUCUCGAGAACUCAUUCAACCGAGUCGGUUUGGAUCACGUUGUUCUCGUCAAGGUUGCUACUACGGCUGUAGUUUCUAAGAUGCUCGGAUUGAAUCGCGAGCAGACUAUCGAUGCUGUUUCACAGGCGUGGGUUGAUGGCCAGUCUCUCCGUACCUACCGUCACGUGCCCAACACCAUGUCACGUAAAUCAUGGGCUGCCGGAGAUGCUUGCUCACGUGCUGUUAACCUUGCUCUUCUCGUCAAGAGCGGUGUUGGCGGUAUCCCAUCCGUUUUGACCGCCAAGACGUGGGGCUUUUACGACGUUCUCUUUAAGAGUCAGGGUUUCAAAUUCCAGCGUCCAUACGGCUCGUAUGUUAUGGAGAAUGUUCUUUUCAAGAUCUCGUAUCCAGCCGAAUUCCACUCCCAGACUGCUUGUGAAGCUGCCAUGACUCUCCAUCACGAGCUCAAGAAGAUUGGAAAGACCACCGAUGACAUUGCUUCCAUCCGCAUUAGGACGCAAGAGGCUGCCAUCAGAAUUAUUGACAAGAAGGGACCUUUAAACAAUUAUGCUGACCGUGAUCACUGCAUCCAAUACAUGGUCGCUGUUCCGCUCAUAUACGGCCGCCUCACCACACAGGACUACUCUGACGAAGUAGCAUCAGACCCCCGCAUUGACGCCCUCCGCGAAAAGAUGGAAUGCGUUGAGGACAAGACCUACUCCUUGGAAUAUCACGCACCUGACAAGCGUAGCAUCGGAAAUGCUAUCCAAAUCACACUCAAGGAUGGCACGGUUAUGGACGAGGUCGCGGUCGAGUACCCUGUGGGACACAAACUCCGCCGUGACGAGGGUAUCCCAUUGCUGCUAGAGAAGUUUGAGAGACAUGUUACCAAGCGUCUUGGAAAGGAGAGGUUUGAUGCCAUCAUGGGUGCUUCUAAGGAGCUUGAUGGAAUUUCUGAGAAGGAUGUUGAUGAAUAUGUCGAUUUAUAUGUUACUAAGGAAUAAGUAGAAUGUGUCUUUCGUUGGAUACAGGUUAGGGGGAGGGGAGAAGUAAAGCAUGCUUUUCGAGAGUAGACUUCGCGUACAGUACAAUUCCCUUUCAAUUAGGAUUAACAAAUCAUCCAUUGUGUCCCUGACGUCUCCUAGGCGAUAUCUUGUAGCCAUGCAGUGAUUUCAAACUCAAAGUAACAUCCCUCAAAGGUCCACCACUGGUAGAACGGAAAGCGCUAGGUUUCUAUAAACUCCAAGUAGAUGGUCACUGCCAAUCACUCGUUAAGGGAGAACUGAUCACCGCGGCCAUCUCGACAUGGACCAUCACCUCCGCCCGGCCCACCUUAAAAGAUGUUUCUCUAACUAACAACCUUUCUCUCCUCCCCAGCUUUAACCAUCCCCUUGGCUACCUCAAUCAAAACCUUCCUCCCGGUCUCAACCCCAAAAGGCUCCGCCAGUGGCGGAACAUGCAUAAACAGCACCUUCUCACUUUUCAACUUGCCAUUCCCCUCCUUCUCGCAGGCCGCCUUAAGGCUAGUGUAGUAGAUAAACUCGCACAGGAACCUACCCGCAUCGUCGGAAACUUUGAUGGGCAAUUCCUUACCGGGCGUCUCCUCGGGCU